AUGGCUCCUUUUCCCCCGCCACCAGUGAGCACGAUUGACUGGAGCAACGUGGGCUUCAAAGUCCGCGAAGUCAACGGUCAUAUUGAGUCCACCUUCCGCUAUUCGUCACCCACACCAGAAUGGAGCAAACCACGUUUCGUGACCUCUCCCCAUCUAUCAAUCCAUGGCAUGGCCCCCGGUCUCAAUUACGGUGUCCAGUGCUAUGAAGGCAUGAAAGCCUUCCGACAGCCAGAUGGGUCGAUCUCUAUCUUCCGUCCCGAUCAGAAUGCUCUGCGCAUGCAACGUUCCGCCGAAUUCAUUUCUGUUCCCCCUGUCCCUGAGGAGCAUUUCGUGGAGUGCGUGAAUCUGGCCGUGGCUAUGAACGCCGAAUUUGUCCCCCCGCACGAAACCGGCGCGGCGAUGUAUAUUCGCCCGUUGUUGUUCGGCUCGAGUGCGCAGCUGGGACUGAAUCCUCCAGAUGAGUAUACCUUCGUGGUGUUUGUCAUGCCCACUGGCGUGUACCAUGGUGUGCAUGCCGUUGACGCCCUAAUCUUGGAAGAUUUCGACCGGGCGGCGCCGGAGGGCACGGGCAGUGCAAAGGUGGGAGGCAACUAUGCGCCCGUGCUCCGGCACAGCGAAAAGGCACGUGCUCAAGGGUUCGGUAUCACUCUGCACUUGGACAGCAAGACACGGAGCGAGAUUGAUGAGUUUUCCACCUCGGGAUUUCUGGGUGUGCGGAAAGACGGCGACAAGACGACGAUUGUGGUGCCCGACUCGAAAAAUGUGAUCAAGUCCGUGACCUCGGAAUCUGCCUGCCAAAUCGCCAAAGACAUGUUCGGCUACAGCGUGGAGAGGCGCCGUAUUGACUAUAGCGAGCUUCCUCAAUUCACCGAAAUCAUGGCCGCCGGCACCGCAGCGAGUCUGGUACCCAUCAAGAGCAUCACGAUGAAAUCCAGAGGCGACAAGUUCGAAUAUCCGGUCAACGAGAAGCUAGAUCCUGGUCCAGUUUGUGCACAGCUCUUGAGCACGUUAAAGGGUAUCCAAAUGGGAAAGGUCAAGGAUCAGUUCGGUUGGAAUAUGAAAGUCACGGAGCCACCCAAGGAGUUCCUUCAAGCCGCGACGAAUGGCGGCGUCCACGGCGGCGUGGAUGAGUUGCCGUAA